UGUGGUGAAUGCAAUGAGGGGAGGUUGGGCGGAAAUGAAGUCAGGGCCACAAGACAACCAAAUGCAAACAAUGUGCGAAAACAAAUGGACCAACGACAGAAGUUAUAAACGGAGAAAAGGAAGCGUGAUAUAAGAAGACAGUGAAAUGAAAAGUUCUAGUCCUAGCAUCGGCACAGGACAUACAGUGUGACUUGGAUAUGAAUCUGCUUUGCUGGGGUAGUGGGGACCUUGGCCAGACUGGCCAUGGCAGACCAGGGGACAUCGGUCCAGAGGAGGCCCAUCUGAGAGACUUCACAAUGGCAAGGCUGGGCAGAGCGAAGCUCCUGGCAUGUGGAUCCAGUCACUCCAUUGUGGUUACAGUGGACAACAAGAUCUUUGCAUGGGGGAAUGGCACCAGUGGACAGCUGGGUAACGGAGAGAAGGCAGUAAAGGACCAGCCAGUCAAGGUUAAGUUGCCACAGGAACUGAACGUUGAAGGAAGCAACGCAGAUGUGGAUGUCGUCGACAUUGUUGGUGUGGCCUGUGGAAGCAGACACUCCUUCAUAUGGACUGAAACUGGGCGGGCCUACAGUUUUGGGAACAACUUCUACGCCCAGCUAGGCUAUGACGUCCAGAGGCUUGACUUCAAAGACCACCAGCUGGCACCACGUUUGUUCCAGAAUCUCCCAUCCUCUCUGAAAAUAUCUCAAGUGGCCUGCGGAGAGCGACACACUCUGUUUGCGCUGGAGGACGGCAGUGUGGCGGCAUGUGGGCAGAAUGAUUAUGGACAAAUUGGCAGUGGUUCUGAGGAAAAUGUGGUCAUCCCUCGGUUUGUGGAGGGUGUGGACCAUGUGUCGAAAGUCACCUGUGGGGCAAACCACAAUCUUGCACUGACAGGUGACGGCAGGUUGUUUCAGUGGGGAUGUGGACGGGCAUGUGGGAACAGAAAAAGGAACAUCCUUACCCCAGAGGAAGUGACGCCACCAAGCUCGCCAGUGAGAGACAUUGCUGGCGGAUGUUGGCAUAGCCUGCUUCUAACAGAUGGUGGGAAUGUCUUCUCCUGGGGGAUGGGGCAAGAGGGACAGCUUGGACUUGGAGAGGAAGGGAUUCAUAUCUCCACUCCUUGUCUUCUCAGCUAUUCUCAGCUCGCUGAGGUCACACAGAUACAAGCAGGGGACAGCUACAGUUCAGCCGUCACAGCAGGUGGAGAGCUGCUUCUCUGGGGUCAGAUCCCCUGUGUGUCCCGGGUCAGUGAUCAUCCAGGCCUCAAAAAGCUCUGGACCCCACAGCCUGUUCCACUGGCAGGCAGAAAGGUGUGUGAUGUGGCCUGUGGUACCUGGCAUAUGAUGGCCCUCACCACAACAAGCCGAGAGAAGAACAGUGAAUGUGCUCACUCAGAAACUGAAGCUCGCUUCAGAGACCUUGUCAGUGAUCCCCUGCCGACGGAGCACACCGAGAAAGAAAACACAGUGCAAGACUCCAGGCAGGUUCAACACAAGCUGCUUCACGGUCUGGAGAGACCAGAGGGCUCUGAGGAGUACGAGAAGGAUGAAGAAAGUGAGAGUGCAGAGGAAGACGAAAGACUAAACAAAGAGGAGGGAGAUGGAGCGUUACACGAAUCAGCGUUUGCCAUUGCCAGGUCUGCAACGGGGAUGGACAGGAGAGGAAAUGGCCACUCAUCAAUCAAAUCCGACCAAGGGGAUGAGAGGGAGAGUUGCAGGACAGCUGCAACGUGGGAGCUAAGGAAAGAACCAUGCAGAAGCAGAGGAAGCAGAGAUGUUGUAUUCACCACUUUGCAUCUGUUACCCAGGUCAGAAGGAGAGCAAUGCAGGCCCACUGCCAGCAGCUUGCCCCGGCUACUCACAGGACAUCAGGCUCAUAGCAGGGUUUUAGAUGAGGUUCGGAUGGUGAGUUUAACGAUAUGAUCCCAGAGAACAAAUCCAAAUGAUCCAGCUUGUCGCUAGUAUGUUUCACGUAUGUCUUCAAAAGACAACAAGCAUCUGGGUUUGCACACAUUUAAUCUUAUUUCUUUUUCUUUUUCAAAUUUGUCUCUUUAAGUACAAUCCAUUGCUUUUGUUAGAUAGUUAGACAGUAGAGAGUGAAUGGAAACAUCUGGAUGACCCGGUGAUGUCACUGGGCUGCUGGCCCUUAACCCUUUAUUUGUUAUACUUACUAUGAAUUGUCCUUCUACAACAUGCCUGAGAGAGCUAAGUGGUUUUGUACUUUGAGAGGCAGUAUUACAUCACUUUGGCUGAGAUUAAAGAAGCAAGUAUACAUUAGCUGGCUGGCAGG